UACAGUAAAUAUUUGUGUUUGCUCAACCGGCUGUAAUGGUGGACGACUGAAGCAGGGAAACGGAAUACAACUAGAGAGAAGAAAGAGAGGAAAACGGUCGAAAGUCUGUUUCAGAGCCAGUCGCCGCGAGUAGGACACGGACUUCGUCGAAAAUGGAUGAACUCAAACAUCAAGUCAUGAUUAACCAGUUCGUCCUGACGGCGGGUUGUGCGGCAGACCAGGCGAAGCAGCUUUUGCAAGCGGCACAUUGGCAGUUCGAGACUGCCCUCAGUGCCUUUUUUCAAGAAACAAAUAUUCCAUAUGGCCAUCAUCAUCAAAUGAUGUGCACCCCAGCCAACACACCAGCAACACCCCCAAACUUCCCUGACGCGUUGACCAUGUUCUCCAGGCUGAAGGCGUCUGAGAGCUUCAACAGCGGCAGCGGCGGCAGUCCCAUGGCCGCCUCCAUGGCCACCUCACCCCCGCCCCCUCAAGUCGGCGGUUGGGGCGUCUCACCAAACGUACCUAAUGUGCCGCAACCUCCACAGGGACUCUGGACUCAGGGGCAGCCCCCCACGCAGCCCUGCCCCGCCUGGCCCACGGGGGUGAACCCCCACACGGGCGCGGAGCAGAAGGCUAGUGUAGCGAUGGAGGCGGAGAGAUGAAGGGACUGAAAACUACCUCCUUCCA